UGGUAACUAUGAUGUUUCGAGAUGGAGAUAUAUCUACUGAGAUGUUCUUGUUUCAGUUGGCGCAGUACAUUAUGAGCCCAGACCAGGGCUUGGCAUCCAAAAACGAUCCAGCAUGAGUCAACGAGAUGAGGUACAAAAAUUCGAGCAGGGCCGUAUCAGGGUCCUGCAGGAGGAGCGUCUACACAUUCAGAAGAAAACCUUUACCAAAUGGAUGAACUCCUUCCUACAAAAGGCCCGUAUGGAGGUAGAAGACUUAUUCGUAGACCUAGCAGACGGCAAGAAAUUAUUGAAACUAUUAGAAAUAAUAUCUGGAGAGAAGCUAGGCAAACCCAACAAUGGAAAAAUGCGGGUGCACAAGAUCGAAAAUGUAAACAAAAGUUUAGCUUUUCUCCAUACCAAAGUGAGAUUAGAGAGUAUAGGUGCAGAAGAUAUAGUGGAUGGCAACCCUAGGUUAAUAUUGGGACUUAUAUGGACGAUUAUUUUAAGGUUCCAGAUACAGGAGAUAGAAAUUGAUGUGGACGAAGAAAAUGAAAGUUCGGAAAAGAAAUCAGCCAAAGACGCCCUGCUAUUAUGGGCUCAGAGGAAAACCCAUGGUUACGCGGGGGUGAACAUAAACGAUUUCACGGGCUCUUGGAGGAAUGGUUUAGGAUUUAAUGCGUUGAUACACGCUCAUAGACCAGAUCUGUUCGAUUACGAUGCUCUAACAAACAACAAGAACAUCGAUAACUUAAACCAUGCCUUCGAUGUGGCUAAUAAUGAAUUGGGAAUACCAAGACUUCUGGACGCUGAAGAUAUCGAUACAUCUAGACCUGACGAGAAAAGUAUAAUGACGUAUGUGGCAUCCUAUUACCACACAUUUGCACGGAUGAAAAAUGAAGAAAAAAGUGGAAGACGAAUUGCUAAGAUUAUUAAACAAAUGAUCGAAAGUGACAAGAUGAAAAUUCACUACGACAACCUAUCUACAGACUUACUAGAUUGGAUCCGACUAAAAAUCGUAGAGCUAGAAGACCGACAUUUUCCAAACUCCCUGGAAGGCAUCCAAAGCCUUUUCAUACAAUUCGGACAUUACAGAACGCAAGAAAAACCUCCAAAGUACAAGGAACGUAGCGAAAUUGAAGCUCUAUACUUCAACAUCAACACUCAGUUGAAAGAAUUGAGGCAACCAGCCUUUAAUCCAAACGAUGGGAAACUUGUACAAGAUAUUGAAAGAGCUUGGGAGAACUUGGAGAAAGCUGAACAUAGACGUGAGGUAGCUCUAAGGACAGAGCUGUUGAGACAACAGAGAUUAGAGCAGCUGAUGUACAAGUUUGAGAGGAAGAGUAUACUCCGUGAAGGGUACCUCAAAGAAAUGAUUCAAGUUCUGUCAGAUCCAAGGUAUGGUUCAAACCUGGCUCAAGUCGACGCAACAGUGAAAAAGCACGAGGCCAUCAGUGCUGACAUCUUAGCAAGAGAAGAAAGAAUACACGACUUAACCGAAAUGGCAAAGGAACUAGUCGGAGAGAAAUAUCGAAACUCUGAUCGAGUUAAAGCUAGAGAAGCAGAGAUUUUAGAGCAGUGGGAACUUCUGAAGAGCCUGUUAGAAAAGCACAAGAACAAUUUGACGAGGAUGGGUAACGUAAUGUCUCUUUUACGAGAAAUAGAUACGACAUUACACAGUAUCGAACAACUGAAGACAGAUAUGUCUUCCAUCGAUACUGGAAUCCAUCUGAUGGCUGUUGAAGAGCUGUUACAAAGGCACGCUCUUCAGGAGUUGCAAGUUUCCGCUCUUGGUGAGACUGAAAGACGUUUGCAUAGAGUUGGUGAACAGUUAGCCUCGCAGAAUCCUAAAGAAGAGGAUAUUUUGAAGAAAAAGCUGGCUGAUCUGUCCACAGCCUAUGCCCAAUUGAAGGAAGCAAGUGCGAAACGCAAAGCUAUCCUCGAAGAAGCAAGAAACUUUUACCAAUUCCUCCAAGAUCAGGAAGACGAAGAAGCUUGGCUGGUAGAGAAACAGCGCAUCUGCCAGGCUGGUAUCACUGCCAAAGACCUACGAGGAGUUCUGUCCUUGCAACAGAAGCACAAGGCGCUUAUGGAUGAAAUCAAAGCUAGAAAGAACAAGUUUGAUCAGUUGGGAGCUACCAGCAAACAGCUGAUCUCAGAGAACCACCCAAGAUCGGCAGAGAUACAACAGCACAUAGACAAAAACAAGAAAGAGUGGACCGUAUUGGAAAAACUGGCAGAUGAAAGAGCUAAACAGCUGCAAGACGCUUGUGAAGCUUAUCAGUUCUAUGCAGAUGCCAACGAAGCUGAUUCUUGGUUGAAUGAAAAGACAGCUAUAGUUGCCUCUAGCGACUAUGGUACUGACGAACCUAGUGCUCAGGCCUUGCUUCAGCGACAUAAAGACCUGGAAGGUGAGAUCAACGCUUAUAGUGGUGAUAUCCAGAGCUUGAAUAGCCAAGCUGAAAGGCUCAUCGCAGCUGGAAUAUCGCAUUUGGAUCUCAACAACGAACCAGAAGUCGUAGAACCUAUUGAAGAGAUUCAGUAUGAUUAUAGAAUGGUACCCACUGAGGUAUGGGUAGACGAACCAGUCGAACGAACCGAGUACCGUACAAUAGUAGAAGAAAAAAGGGUGCCCCAAGUUAAAGCUUUAUACUCGUUCAACGACCACGGUCUUACUAUGGUCAAAGGUGAGGUGAUGUUUCUUCUAAACAAGAGCAAUCCUGACUGGUGGUGUGUGAGGAAGGCAGAUGGUACAGAUGGGUUCGCACCAGCAAAUUAUGUUGUUGAAAUUGAACCUAGGAUCAUACAUAUCAACUUGAGGAAGCCCGAGGUCGUCAAGAGCGUUCAGAAGGUUAAAAAGACCAAAAUGGUAAAAACUAAAGUUCCAGUGAAGGUCCAUCGAACUCCCAGCAGGUCACACAAACGCAAAUUAGACGACAGUGACAGCGUACCAAAAAGACAAAAGAAGAUCAACGACACUUAUGAACAGUUGAAAGAAUUGGCAUCUAAAAGGCACGCGUUACUCGCUGACGCAGUGAAACUGUUCACGUUCUACAGGGAGUGUGCUGACCUAGAGAAAUGGAUUAAGGACAAAGAAAAGAUGCUUACUGUUGAUGAUCCUAAUGAUAAUGUUGAACAAGCUAAGAGGAAAUAUGAGAAAUUCAUGACGGACUUAUCCGCCAACAAAAAACGUAUGGACGCUCUGGACGCCGACGUGAAAGAAUUCGAAAAGCAGAACCACUCCCAGAUCGACAAGGUGAAAACACGUCACCGUCAAGUUCAGGCCGCUUGGCAACGCUUGAAUCGCCUCAAAGCCCAAAAGGCCAAGAGUCUUGAGGGCGCCAGCGAAGUCGAACUCUUCAACAAGGUCUGCGAAGAAACGAAGGAUUGGAUGCUGGAGAAGAUGAUGCAGCUUGACACUCAAGUAUUGGGUCACGAUUUGAAGACCGUUCAAGCUUUGCAGAGGAGACACGAUAACUUAGAGCGAGAGCUAGCGCCAGUCGAGGAGAAAGUUAAUACUGUUAACUUGCUGGCGAAUUCUGUUCAAGUUUCAUAUCCCAGUGAAAGGCCUAACGUCAAACAGAAGCAGAAGGAGAUUGAUAAUCUUUGGCUGAGGGUGAAGGAUAAGGCCUUGGAAAGAAGAGCAAGGCUAGAAGACGCAGUUGGUCAACAGAUCUUCACCAAUAGCGCAAAACACCUGUUGGCAUGGGUCGCUGACGUCAAAGACCAACUAAACGCUGAUAACAUGGUCAGGGACGUUCAAACAGCUGAAACGUUGUUAAAGAGUCAUCAGGAUCUAGCGCAGGACAUCAAAGCCAAGGAUGAUGAGUUCAGACAAAUCACGGGAUUGGGCAAAAAGCUCCUGAAAUCUAACCCAGAACUCCGUGAAGUUGAGGAUACAGUAGAAAGGUUGAUAGCAGAACAGGCGGCUAUAGCUAGGGGUUGGAAGGAAAAAGAACGUUGGCUUCAGCAAUGUUUGCAAUUGCAGCUAUUCAAUAAAGAGGCUGAUAAGAUAGACGCUGCUACUUCCGCUCAUCAGGCCUUUUUGGAAUUUUCCGAUCUCGGGAACUCUCUGGACGAAGUGGAGGCUUUGCAAAAACAACACAGAGCUUUUGCUAACACUCUGUCUGCUCAAGACGAGCGUCUGUCAGCUUUUAGCAAACGAGCGGAUACAUUGAUCGCUGAAGAGCAUUAUGAUAGUGAUGGCAUAGAUGAUAAGCGCAACCAGGUGCUUCAAAGACGCCAAGCUGUGAAAGAAGCAUCCCAACAGAGAGCUAACGUCUUGGAGGCAUCUAAAAACUACCAAGAAUUUUGCGCGGAAGUCCACGAUCUCCGGACAUGGAUGGCUGAAAAACUGAAAACAGCUUCGGACGAAAGCUACAGGGAUUUGUCGAACUUAGAGAGAAAGUUGCAGAAACAUGAGGCGUUUGAGAGGGAGCUAAGGGCCAACGAAGGACAGCUGAGGACUGUGAACAAGCUUGGUAUGGCUCUGAUUGCUCAAGAUAGCUACAGAAAGGAUGAUGUGGCCAAGACAUUACAGGAGUUGAAUAACGAAUGGCACAACCUAGUAGGAAUUUCACUGGAGAAAGGAAGAAGAUUGAGGCAAGCUGUUACUCAACAUGGCUAUAAUAACGCCAUUGAAGAUGUUAAGCACAAGUUAGAUGAAAUUGAGGAGGGCUUGAAAAGCACGAAUAUGGGCACGGAUCUAAGGUCAUGCAGAGAACUCUUGAAACGUCACGAUGCAAUCGAAACAGAACUGUCGCAUUUGGCAGAACGUGUAGAAGACUUGGUCGUUCAAAGCCACAAUUUAAGUGAUGAAGGGCAUUUUGACUCUGAAGCGAUACGGGAAAACGCGUUGGCUAGCAAACAGAGGGUUGAGGAGAUGUAUAAACCUGCUGAAAAGAGGAAAGCGGCUCUAGAGGAAGCACUGGAAUUCUAUAAAUUUGGUUUCGAGUUGGAUGCUGAACUACAAUGGGUAAAGGAGCAUAUGCCAUUAGCCAGCUCAGAUGAAGUAGGACAAAAUCUGCAUCAAGCUCAAAGUCUGCAUAAAAAACACAAGAAACUAGAGGCAGAGAUCGUGGGUCAUCAACCAGUUAUAGAUAAAACUUUAGAAACAGGACAAGCUUUGAUUGACAAUCUGCAUCCUGAAAGAAAACAGAUUGGUGACCUAUGUUCCACAUUGCGAUCUUCGUGGGAUGACCUGAAAGAAAAAGCAGCCCGAAGAGCUAACAAGUUAGACGUUUCCCUUAAAGCUCAGCAAUAUUUCUUUGAAGCAAAUGAAGUCGAAUCGUGGCUCAACGAGAAAGCUAACAUCCUAUCCAGCUCUGAUUAUGGUAGGGACAGAGACUCUGCUACAAAACUGCUUACAAAACAUAAGGCUUUGGAACUCGAACUGGACACCUACAACAACAUAAUCUCCGAGAUGGGUCAUGGAGCACAAGCUAUGAUCAAAUCUGGACAUCCAGAUUCCAAGCUGAUAAGUCAAAGGCAAGCUGGCCUGGAACACUUGGUGAGAUCCCUACAAAGAAAGGCAGCCAUUAGACAACAUCGCCUUAUGGAGUCGCUGUUCAGACAUGAAUACUUUGCCGAGUCUGCAGAGUUAGAAUCUUGGAUAGCUGAUAAUCUACAGCAAGCUUCGUCUGAGGAUUAUGGGCAGGAUUAUGAACAUCUUUUGCUUUUGAAGGCCAAGUUUGACGAUUUCAAACAUAGAAUCGAAGCUGGAUCCGAAAGAUACAAGCAGUGUGAGGAUUUAGCUCAGAAAUUGAUAUCCAACGACAGUCCUUAUAGUUCGGACAUUCAAAAGAAACAGUUGCAAUUGGAACAAGAACCACCUUCGGAAGCUUGUCAAGAGGUUUUGGAGAAGCAUCAUUCUAUAAGACAAGCUUGGGAUAACUUGCACGACCAAAUAAGCACAAGGGAACAGCGUCUGGAUGCUGCUGAAGAGAUUCACAGAUUCCACAGAGACGUGGCUGACGCGUUGCAAAGAAUUCAAGAGAAAAAUGCUGCCUUGGGUAUCGACCUAGGGCGAGACUUGAAUUCUGCUCUAGCCCUGCUCAGAAAACAUGAGGCUUUCGAAAACGAACUGGUCGUUUUGGAAGCGCAGUUGCAGCUAUUAGUUGAAGAUGCGUCGAAACUGCAGAAGAUCUAUCCCAGCAACAAGACCAACAUUCAGCAUCAGCAAGAAUUGGUGGUUGACGCGUGGAAUGGGCUCAAGGAAAGAGCGGACUUGAGGAGAGAUCAGCUGCAAGCUAGCGUUGAUCUGCAGAAGUUCCUUACUCAGGUUAGAGACUUGACAAACUGGGCUACCAGUCUCAGACUAGCAAUGAAUGCAGAAGAAAAUGUUCGUAGUGCAGCUAGGGCUCAAAUGCUAAAGAGUGAGCAUGAAGCUCUCAAAGGUGAAAUUGAAGCUAGAGAAGCUAACUUCCAAGAGGUCGCCGAAAACUUGGCAGCUAUGGAACAAACUGGCCACUAUGCAGCUACUGAAGCCGUCGACCGCUACAAAAAUCUGAUCAAAGAACGAGAACGGCUUCAUACAGCUUGGCAACUAAAAAUGAUACAUCUUGACCAACUCUGUGAUCUUCACAUAUUCUUACGAGAAGCAAAACUUAUCGAAGAUGCAACUAACGCCCAAGAAGCAGCUUUAAAUAACACUGAUUUUGGAGAAACUGUAGAUGAAGUGACUAACCAAGUUAAGAAACAUGAAGCCUUCGAGAAGCUGGUUCACUUACAGGACAAAAACUUAGAAGGUUUGUCAGCCUCUGGCAACAAGCUAGUGAAGCAAGAUCACUUUGAUAGCGAACAGAUCACUAACAAACUCGCUGAAAUCCAAUCUAAGCGGAGGAAGGUUCAUCAGAUGUGUUCUCAGAAAAAACAACUGCUAGCAAACAGUUUGCUGUAUGCAGAAUUUAACAGAGACGUGGCUGAAGCUCAAGCGUGGAUUGCGGAUAAGCAGAAAAAGCUUGAGAAUGAGGAGAAAAUGGGAGACGUGACAAGUUUGGAGGAUAAAAUAAAAAAAUUGCAGAAGCAUCAAGCCUUCCAGGCUGAGAUCGCUGCCAACUCUGGACGGAUUCUGGAAAUCAAGGCUGUUGGGGAGACUUUGAUCAGGAAAAAUCACAAAGCUUCACAAGAUAUAGCAGACCAAUUGUUCGAGCUAGACAAGGCUUGGAAACACUUGAUCAACGAAGUAAAUCUCAGAGGCAAAGGCUUGGAGGAAGCCCAGGAUAUUCUCGAAUUCAACAAUCAAUUAGACAAAAUCGAGACUUGGAUCAGAGACAAGGAAGUUAUGAUACAAGCCGGAGAAACGGGCAAAGACUACGAACAUUGUCAAAUGCUGCAAAGGAAAUUAGACGAUGUGGAUAGCGACAUGAAGAUCGACGAUACUAGAAUAAAGACUAUUACGCAACUGGCGAAUAAACUGGCAAAACAGGGGCAUCCUGGUGUACAAGAGCGUGGAGAAAAAUUCAUCAAGAAGUGGCAUAGCUUGCAAGGGGCGCUCAACGACUACAGAAGCAAACUUUCAGCAGCUUCUGAAAUACAUUUGUUCGACAGAGAUGUAGCUGAUACAUCAGACAGAAUCGCAGAGAAAUGCCUAGCUAUGGAUUCGGAAGACGUAGGAAAAGAUCUUUCAUCUGUAGAAGCGUUACUGAGAAAGCAAGAAAGGUUAGAAAGCGAGGUUCAGGCUAUAGAAAAUAAGAUAGUUCAGGUACACCAACGAGAUGCCUUGAUGCUUAGCGAAAAGUAUCCUGACAGUGCGAUGCAUUUGGAAAAGAAACUAGUCCAUCUUGAAGAACAGUUGAAGAAACUGAGAGACACUAGUGACAAGAGACGGAAUUUGUUACAAAAGGCGUAUGCUCAAGAAAAAUUCUUAGCUGACGUGAAAGAAAUUGAGCAAUGGGUGAAUGAAACUAUCAAAAGGAUGGACUCUCAAGGAAAACCAAACAGCAUUUCCGAAGCUGAGGCUCAAUUGGAGCUCCACAAUGAACUCAAAGCCGAGAUCAACGGGCGUGACGAAGCUUUCAAACAACUCAUCAGGUACGGUACUACUUGUGCUGAACACGACAAGCCGAUAAUCACAGACAACGUGAAAAAACUCGAGGACCUCCAACAUGCCAUUCACAAAGCUUGGGAUGACCAUCAGCAGGAAUUGACUCACGAGUAUGAUAUUCAAGAUUUCAAAGAGCAAGUGAAUCAGUUGAACAACUGGUUGGCUGCCAAAGAAGCGUUUUUGAAUAAUGAUGACGUUGGGGAUACUCCAAAAGCUGUUGAGGCUUUGUUGAGGAAGCAUAACGACUUUGAGGUCAUGUUGGAGAAACAGCUCGUGAAGGUGAAUGAAUUGGAAGAAGAAGCCAAUAGGAUUAUGUCGAAGAGCAGCAGAAACAGUGAAGAUAUAUCUAACAGAUUGAAGCUGAUAAUCAACAGAAAGAACAGGCUUCUGGAAAAGUGCAAGGAACGAAGAGACAUCCUGGAAAAAUCGAAGGCAUUGCAACAAUUCUUACGCAACGUUAACGACGUUGAGACUUGGCUGAACCAAAAACUUCAAAUUGCUACGGACGAAAACUACAGAGACCCAACCAAUCUCCAGAACAAAAUCCAAAAACACACCACAUUCGAAGCUGAGGUCAUAGCUAGCGGCGAACGGAUUCAAAACGUCGUUGAAGAAGGAAAAGAACUGAUUGCUGUCAACCACUACGCAUCCAAUGAGAUAGCUGUACGAUUGGAUGAAUUGGAAAACGAUUGGAAACACCUCUUGGAGCUGUCAAACUUGAAACGUGAUAGGCUAAAUGAAGCGUAUCAAGCAUUGCUCUUCAACAGGUCUCUGGAUGAGUUUGAAAGCUGGUUGCUAGAAGUAGAAGCUCAAUUACAAAGUGCGGAAGUAGGAAAUGAUUUAGCUACAGCGAAUCAUUUGUUGAAAAGACAUAUUGCUUUGGAGAAUGAUGUUCAGCAGCAUAGCGAGAAUUGUGAAGCUAUAAACGAAGGUGCAGAACAGUUUGUGAACGGCGGACAUUUCAUGGCAGACGAAGUAGAAGAUCGGGCCCAAAAGGCAAUAGCAAGAUUCCAUCAACUGAAAGAACCGCUCCAACUCAGGAGAGACAUGCUAGAAUCCUCUACAAUGCUUCAACAGUUCACCAGAGACGUCGACGAUGAAUUGCAAUGGCUAGAUGAUAGGGAACCUUUAGCAGCUUCAAGGGAUUUGGGUACAAGCCUCAUGGCUGUCCAAAGCCUUCAAAAGAAACAUCAAGCCCUGGAGGCCGAAUUGGCUUCGAGAGAACCUAUUGUAGCCUCUCUAGUAGCAAGGGCUCAAUAUCUAACUAGUUUGGACCACCCUUCGGCUUCUGUGAUAAAUGACAAAGCCAGCGAUUUGAAGAACAAGCUGGCUCAAGUUAGGGAUUUAGCAAGCAUCAGAAGAUUGAGAUUGCAGGAUUCCCUGGAAGCACAGACGUAUUAUCAAGAGGUGUCUGAGGCAGAAGCAUGGAUCAAUGAUAAGAGACCUUUCUUGGCUACCAAAGAAGUUGGAAAAGAUGAAGACUCAGCACAAUCUUUGCAGAGGAAGUUAGAGGCACUAUCUAUCGAAGUGAAGGCCUUCCAACCCACCAUUCAGAAACUAGGCAAGAUGGCAGAUAGUUUGGUAGCAAGAGAACAUUUUGAUGCCAACAAUAUUGCAGCUACUAAGGUCGAUCUCGACAGGGACUUCGCAGAUCUCAGAAAACUCGUCUCAGAACGUGAAGUCAGAUUAGCGGAAGCCUUACAGUAUUUUGGUUUCAUCCAUGAAUGCAACGAGGUUCAGGAAUGGAUGAGAGAUCAGAUGAAUAAAGCUGAUUCAGAAGAAUACGGAAAUGAUCUGGAGCAUGUUGAACUCCUGAUCCAAGCUUUUGACACAUUCCAUGCAAGUCUGUUGAAUAGCGAGCCCAGGGUCCAACAGUGUAUAGAAAAUGGGCACGUUAUAAUUGACGCGAAAAGCAGCUAUAGUUCUGAGGUUCAACAAAAAGUAACAGAGCUUCAAAACACCUGGGAGGACCUUGUCGAGCUUGCAAACGCCAGAAAAGAUGCAUUGGCAGGUGCAAAACAAGUCCACGUUUUUGAUAGAACUGCAGAAGAGAUUAUCUCGUGGAUACAGGAAAAAGAGGCAGAUCUCUCUUACGGAACGUAUGUCCAAGAUAGCGAGGCUAUUGAACAACUCCUUAGAAAGCAUCAGGCUUUAGAGACGGAGAUGAAGGCUAUCAAAGAUAAGGUGGAUUACAUUGAACAAGAAGGUGACAGGCUGAUUGCUGAGUUCCCUGAUACCAAAGAGCAUAUUGACGAUAAGAGAGAAGAUACUUUUAGUGCUUGGGAACAGUUGCAGUUGAAGGCAGAGAGAGAAAAAGAUUAUCUGCAGCAGUCUGAACAGUUGCAGUCUUACUUCGACGAGUACCAUGAGUUACUAGCGUGGAUCAACGAGAUGCUUGCAAAAAUAACUGCGCCAGAGUUAUCGCAAGACUGUACUGAAGCGGAACUUUUGAUAGAGAGGCACAAAGAAUACAAAACCGAAAUCGACGGUAGAUUGCCAGUUUUUAACCAGUUCUACGGCACUGGAAGGGCGUUUAUCAAAGAAGGACACUACCUUGCACAGGAAAUUGAAGAUAAGAUAAAAAUUUUGGAGCAAAGGAUAGAACUUCUGAAUAGCACAUGGAAUAAGAGGAAUGUCAUCUAUCAACAGAAUUUGGACGUACAGCUGUUCAAACGCGAGGCGAACAUACUGGAAACUUGGUUGGCCGUACGGGAAGGAACGCUUAAAGAUGGAAGACUGGGCAACAGCAUCCUUCACGUUGAAGACUUGAUCCGCAAACACCGUGAUUUUGAGGAGGCCAUCAAAGCCCAAGAGGAGAAGUUCGAUGCUCUAAAACGCAUGACGUUGGUAGAAGAAGCAUUUGCUCAGCAGAAGAAGCAAGAAGCUUUGGCAAGAAAAGCCGAAAAGGACAGAUUGGAACAGGAAAAAUUGGAGCAGAGAAAGAGGAAGGAAAUUGCUAGAAUCACGGAACUUAGGAGGCAAGAAUCGAACGAAUCGCCGAGGUAUGCCAACAUUCAGGAGGAGCAAAAGGUCAAUGGCGAAGCUGUCAAUGGAGAAGGUAUGUCAACCUCACCUGGUGGAAAACAAUCAAGCCUAAGAAAGACGAACUCAAUGGCGCAUAUGUUCGAAAGGAGAAGAGGCUCAGACGCAUCUAUUAAACGAGCUGAAAGCAUGAAAGUUGGACCCAGUUUGAAACCGCCAAAGAGAACUCCCUCAUUCACCACUAGAAGAAGGGGCUCGUUUAGGUCUAACAAGAACGCAGAUGUAAUUCUACCACCCGUUGAAGCCGAAGCAUUCCUGGAUCGAAAACAGGUCCUUCUACCGGGCGGAAAACGCGCUACAAACCGUACGUGGAAAACCUCGUACACUGUUCUGUGUGGGCAGCUGUUAUGCUUCUUUAAGAACAAAGACGAUUUUGCUGCCAGUAAAGCUAGUUGUCCGCCUCUGAAUAUUCACAACGCCAUCUGUACUGUCGCCGAGGACUAUCAGAAAAGGAAACAUACUUUCAGAUUGGUGAUUACAGACGGCUCAGAAUUCCUCUUCUCUUCCGGAUCAGAAGUUGACAUGAUGGACUGGAUCAACAAAAUCAAAUUCAGGGCCAAGUUACCUCCAAGUCAACAGCUACUUCAUUUCGAAAUCACAAAGCCAGCGAAAAUUAUUCAAAGGCCAAAACUACGGGCAUUAUCUUUGAUAUCUAUGGUGCUCGACCCCAAUGAUUUCGAAAUCAGUUCCCAGUCGAGUAGGACAUCAAGUCCAGAUGUUGCAGAUUCAGUCGUGUUAAGACACGAUCCUUCAACCAAUGGUAGCGUAUCGCCUUCUUCACAUUCCAGUCGUCAUACAAUUGAUGGUUACAAUCCCAGUCAGCCGAGGUCCGAAUGGUCCAACAGUCAAUCGAGGCCCAGUUCUGUGACGAUGCAAGACACCCCGAAAAUGUCACAUCGCAUCAGAGACUUAUUUGUUAGGAAGAAGAGACACAAUUCUCAGAUGUAGAGAAUGCACUAGAUGUUAAGUUAUAAAGUGUAUCCAUUUACGCUUGAGAUAGAAAAAUGUGAGCUAGCCUUGAUAGUUAAGAGAAAACAAUUCUUCAGUGAUGUACAGGCUGUUUCAAAAGUAAGGUAAACGACUUCAGAGAGUGAAUAUUUUUUCUUCUUGUUCUUUAAAACCAUUUAGCUCAAAUCAAAAAUUUUACCAAUCCAAAUAAAAAGUUUAAAUUGAACAAAAAAUCGACCCUUCAAAUAUAUUACCUUGAUAGAUAAUCAACAGUUAACCAGUGUUUAUUUGAAAUCUUAUUUCUAUAGGAAAUAUAUUUUUGUCUAUGUUGUAAGUCUCAAUUCUAUAUAUGAAUCAAUUAAUUGUGAUUGAAGUUAAGAUAUAUUCGUUUACAUUUAAAGAUAUUUGCAGAUAUAUGAAAUUCUAUUAUCAAAAUACUUCAAGCAGCAGUUUUUGUUACCAAUCUGGCAAAAUUCUUCAUAUUUAUGAAAAUUGAUGCAAUUUUGUAUAAAUUGUUCUCGCAUUUUUUUUCAUCAAGUGAGAUACCCUAAGUUUUAUAAGUAUUAUGUCCCAAUCACCUGCUUUAUAAAUAUGUAAUUGUUUAUGUAUGUAGUUCUUUUUUGUAAAUACAAAUUUAUAUAUCAAUACCAAAUUUAUAUGGAAAUAGUAUUAUAUUUGUAAUGAUUUUUAUUACCGCAAAUAUAUUUAAGUUAUUUUCCA